GGACAUGACAGCAAGAGGAAAAAAAGAGUGAUAUGGCAAUCAAAAUACUAAUGAUGCAAUUAACAACUGCUCAUCACGAUGCAGCUAGUAAAUUCAUCAAUAUUGUCACUCGCGGACUUCGAAACAAUAUACUCCCGGAGGAUUUGAUUCCACUCAUACAAGAUGUAGUAGAAACGCAUCCAGGAUUGACAUUUUUAAAAGAAGCUACGGAAUUUCAUUCCCGAUAUGUACAUACGGUAAUUGCUAGGAUAUUUUAUUGCGUGAAUCGAAGUUGGAGUGGUAAAAUUUCAAUUGCGGAAUUAAGGAGAAGUAAUCUAUUGGCAGUGAUCGCUAUGCUUGAACACGAAGAGGAUAUUAAUCAAGUUACAGCAUACUUCAGUUAUGAACAUUUUUAUGUGAUAUAUUGUAAAUUUUGGGAGUUGGAUCGCGAUCAUGAUCUUUUCAUAGACAAAAUAGAUCUAAUGAGACACAAUGAUCAUGCGUUAUCUACUCGAAUGAUCGAAAGGAUAUUUAGCGGUGCUGUGACGAGAAGUAGUACAGUACAAAAUAGUGACAAUGCGCAACAAGAAGAUAAGAUGAGUUACACGGAAUUUGUAUGGUUUCUUCUUAGCGAGGAAGACAAGAAUCAUCCAACAGCCAUUGAAUAUUGGUUUAGAUGUAUGGAUCUCGAUGGUGAUGGAUAUUUGUCGAUGUACGAACUGGAAUACUUCUAUGAAGAGCAAUUACGUCGAAUGGAAGCGAUUGGUCUGGAAACACUGCCUUUCGAAGAUUGUCUUUGUCAGAUGUUAGAUAUGAUUCGUCCAGUGAUACCAGGCAAGAUAUCAUUGAAUGAUUUGAAAAAGUGUAAAAUGACGUCCAUCUUUUUUGAUACUUUCUUCAAUUUGGAAAAGUAUCUAGAUCACGAACAAAAGGAUCCUUUUGCUUCAACAAGAGAGCAUGAUGCUGACGGUCAUGAAGUACGUAAUCAUGUUUAUCUCAUAUUUUUCCAAAAUGUUAUUUUAAUUUAGCAUUAUGGUGCAUAUAUUAUUUUUGUUUAGAUUUUUAAGCAUUUCAUGUAUCAUGAUAAGAUCACAAUUAAAUUUUCUGGAUAUAA